GAUGUCCUUCUCCCUCUCUGUUACAGGUUAAACAUGGCCGCGCUCUUACGCUCUGCCCGGCUCCUGAAAAUCAGCCACUCUCCCCUGCUGCGGGUGACGGGGGGACACCGACACGCAGCGACCGCCGGCGCUGUCUACAGUCGGGCAGCGUGCCGGAGGGCGGCGGGUCCGAGCGGCGCUCUGGGCAGUCUGUCCCCAUACAGCUCAGCUUCAGUCUGUUCUACGCUGCGGUACUAUGGUACGACUUCAGAGCAGAAAGGAGAGGUUGCAGAAGAACCCAGCGCCGGCAUCCGCAAUACGCAAGCCGACAACUUUGACUGGGCGCUCUCCAAGCUCGACAACUCUGUCAGGAGGACUGGUCGAAUUACCAAAACAUUGCUGCAGAAAAUCUUUCAAGACAUCUGUCGGAAAGGCUACCCCAGUGGGAACCAGGCCCUGCUGCUGCUGAGAAGUUGUGGCUCUCUGCUGCCUGAGGUACCGUUACAAGAGCGUACAGAAUUUGCUCACCAUGUCUGGGAGAAGCUGAAGACGUUGGGUGUCGCAUACGAUGUCAGCCAUUACAAUGCUCUGCUUAAGGUCUACCUGCAGAAUGAGUUCAAAUUCUCCCCCACCGAUUUUCUUGCCAAGAUGGAAGCAGCCAAUGUCCAGCCCAAUAGGGUGACGUAUCAGAGACUGCUUGCAGCAUAUUGCCAAGAUGGUGACAUUGAGGGCGCAAGCAAAAUCCUGGCCUUCAUGAAGAGCAAAGACCUGCCAGUUACAGAGGCCGUGUUCAAUUCUCUGGUGACCGGACACAGUCGAGCAGGAGACCUGGAAAGUGCUGCUAACAUCCUGUCUGUGAUGAGAGGAGCUGGCAUUGAGCCAAGUUCAGACACCUACGUAACUCUGCUUUGUGCAUAUGCUGAGAAUGGAGACAUUACUAAAAUUAAAGAGACAAUAGAAACAUUGCAGAACAUGGGCACCAAUCUAGUAGACAGAGAACUGAUGCAGGUAGCGUUCAGCCUAGCUAAGGCUGGUCAUCAGCAGCAUGCUCGUGAAAUACUAGAGCUCGUAAAGCAUGACAUUGGCUACAUACCAGAAGCAAUGAACCUGUGUUUGAGUCUAAUCACCCUGGGCAUGGAGGACACAGCGUUUUCUGUGUUGAGAUCCUUCCCCAUUUUAAAGACAGAGUCACCGAUUGAAGACAGUCUAACUCUGGGCAACUUUUUCCUCCGUCAUUGUGUGAACAUGAAUAAGUCGGUUGAAAAGCUGGUUUUCUUCUGUAAUGGUCUGAAGGAUGUCAACUUUCACUCAUCGCCACUGCAGUUUACACUCCAUUGUGCCCUGGAAUCCAAAAACACAGCCAUGGCUGUAGGGCUGAUGAAGGUAAUGAAGAAAGAAGGCUUUCCCAUCAGGCCUCACUACUUCUGGCCUCUGCUAGUGCAGCAUCAGAAAGACAAGGACACUGCAGGAAUGGUGGAGGUUCUGAAGGCCAUGCAGGAGCUGGAUGUUGUUCCUGAUAUUGACACUUACUCUCUUUAUGUAUUUGGCACUUUUCCCUCAUUGGACAAGGCCCAGGCCGCUCUGCAGGAAGUGGGCUUUGAUGUGCACACUAGUGAUUUUGUUUCGGCGGUGGUGCGAUUUGAGGCAGCAAAAAGAAAUCUUUCAGAGUUGUACUCUCUGAUGUCCAACCCCUCCUUCCCGGUCAUCGAACUCCACAAUUUCAGAACAAGUCUGAUCAGUGGGUUUCUGGGGUCCAGUGAUGUGGAGAGCAUGGCUAAGAUCACAGAACUUCUUUACAAAGACAGUCGAUAUGUGAAGGAAGGCACACAAAGUACAGACAACGUGGCCUACUUUCUCUACAACCUGUUUAAGGCAAUGGAUGAGGAAAAGACGUCUGAAAAGAAGCUGAUCAAAUACAUUGAAGAGCUGAAGGAAAGGGACAUCACCAUUCCUGAGAACAUUUACAAAGGCAUCACGAAAAUACUGAGGACUUACAAUAUGUCUGAUCUGAAUGAGCACGUUUAUGCCCUGGUUGACAAACGAGCGGUAACAGCGGCCCCCGACACCACCACACCCCUCCUGAACGAUUUGACUGAAAAUGUGUUGGACUUGGAAAAGAAGCUUAAGGAGUUUAAAUUCCAGGGGAGGCCAGCAAACACAGUUUUCAAACAGCUCAUUAAAGUCCUCUGUGAUAAAGAGAACCUGUCCCAUGCUCUGGAUCUGAAGACCAGAAAUGAGGAUUUGAUGACCAUUGGUUGCUACGCCUUUCUUAUAAAACUGUGCAUCAAACUGGAUAAUCUUGAUCUGGCAAUGAAGCUGAAAAAAGAGGUAAACCUUAAGUGCUUUGAGGCCAAUCUGGAUGACAACAUUUAUAUGAACUUGGUCUCCAUGCUGUCCAAAAAUAACAGGCUGGAUGAGGCCGAAGACCUCCUGAAGGAGAUAAAGGAGAAGAAUGUGCAGUUGAGAAGCAUUAAAUCGUUGUUCCACACUCUCAACGAACACGGCCUUAAGGGAGACACCACCACCGUCCAACGCCUACAAGACGCCAUGUUCACCCUGGGCCUGGUCAACCCCUCCAGCAACCUCUGUUCACCCCUCAUCAUUUCAUACCUGGAACGUGAGGACUUAACUGGAGCACUGGAUGCUGUGAUUGAGUGCAACAAGCUGUACCAACAGCUGCCUCGACUCCAUCAGGUCAUCUGUGCCCUGAUUAAUAAAGGAGACACUGAGUUACUUCAGAAAGCCAUGGACUUCGUGAGGAAGGAGCGCGGCGAGAUGAUGAUGAUGUACGAGCUUUUCUUCGGCUUCUUGUGGACGGGCCGCUACAAGGAGGCGCGCAAAAUCGCUGAGACCCCUGGAUUAAGGGCAAAGCCUGGGAGACUGCAGUGGUUUGCAGAGAAGUGCAUUAGCUCUCAGAAGAUGGAAGCUCUGGAAAACAUGGUGGAUAUGACUGCUAAGCUGUUUGAGUGUGACAGAGAUGAGAUGUACCACUACCUUCUCUGUCUCUGCAAGAUAACCAACAACUGGCAGAAGGCAGAGGCAGUGUGGAUGAAGAUGCAGGAGGAGAAUGUUAUUCCCAGAGAAAAAACCCUGAUCCUGCUUGCUGAUAUCUUUAAGAGCAACCAACAGCCUGUACCCUUCGAGGUUCCUGAGGUGUGGUAUGAGCAGCCUGAAGCCAAAAAGGAGAGUUCCAAGGUGGAAGAAAGCCCUACUUUAAGUGAUUCCCCUCUAAACGAGGCUUCUAAUGAUGACUAUAAGCACAAGGUGCAGAAACUCUGCAAGAAAGGCGAAGUCAUGGCUGCCUUAAAUUUCCUGAAGAAAGCAGAAAGUAAGAACAUCAAAUUGCCAUCUUCUGCAUUUGACAUACUGAUGAGAGCCCUGCUGUCUCAAGGCAACUUGGAGGAUGCCCUGGCAGUCAAAGACCUUGCUGUCAGGCAUAUGCCAGAAUUCAAACUUUCAGAAAAGGCCGCCAGCCUUCUAAUUGUUACGCAGGCUAGGUCAGGAAAACUGGAAGAUGCAUUGGCUGGUCUGAAAGAUAUGGUUCAAGCUGAACAAGUGCCCAUGCAGUUGGCCAUCAGACAGGUGCUCCAAGGCCUGGCAAAGCAAGGAGAUGUAAAGGGCAUCCAGGAAGUGCAGGACACGGUGGGGGCGUUAUGCCAGUCCAUGAACGUUUCCAGUGUGUCUUUUAUGAACAGCACUGCAUUGGCCCACAUCACAAAUGGGGACUUGGACAGCGCGGUGGAGGUACUGGAGUCUGUGUACAGCAGACAGCAAAGCGCUGCUUCUGUCUUUCGGGCUGUACUAACAGCAAACGACGAGAAGGCCCUUGAUAAAUUGAGCGCCAUGGCGGAGCGACUGUGCAAUCAGUUUGCCUUGUACAGACCUGCCACUGACCUGUUCAUACAGUACUUAGACCUGGGCAAGACUGAGGAAGCAAAGUUCCUGCUGCAGCGUUGUGCAGCAAUUGCGGAGCAAAGGAAUGUGUUGACUUCAUAUAUGUCCAAGAGCUCGAAUGUUCCAGGAAAGGCUGCCAGUCUAAAGAAUCUGAAAGAAUUAGUUCCAGAUUUCAUUAAUCAAAACAGCUUCUGCUGCUAUUUGAUGAAGUGCUAUGUUGUGGAUAAGGACUUGUCCUCAGCGAAGGCUCUCUAUCAGCAGAUGCAGGAUGAUGGGAUUCAGGUGGACGAGUUGUCUUUAAAGAGAUUGGCAAAAAUGUACACGGACGCUGGAGAGACAGUGCCCUUCGAAGAGCCCCAGGAGUCCUUCAAGUUUUAUGCAGACAAGUUAAAGAUUUCCCAGGCCCAAGAAACUGCUGAAAACUAGAUCUCUCCAUCCAUUUUUUUGUUUUCUUUUCUUAUUUUUUUAAUGUCAUAUUCACUCAGCUCUUGUGUAAUAAUGUGAAGCUGCUUCAGCUAUUUAGCUCGUGAUUAUAAUUAUAGCAAAGACAACCUGAAACGAUGCCUUGUACAGAAGAAGUAUUUGUUAAUAAAUGUGUUAAACAUG